UCUCUGGCCUGUCAGGAGGACCAUUGGUGCUGCAGUGGAAGCCAGUGGCUAAGUCUCGUGUAUGGCGUGGUUAAGGUUGCAGCCUCUCACCUCUGCCUUCCUCCAUUUUGGGCUGAUUACUUUUGUGCUCUUCCUGAAUGGUCUUCGGGCAGAGGCUGGUGGCUCAGGGGAUGUGCCCAGCACAGGGCAGAACAAUGAGUCCUGUUCAGGGUCAUCAGACUGCAAAGAGGGUGUCAUCCUACCAAUCUGGUACCCAGAGAACCCUUCCCUUGGAGACAAGAUUGCCAGGGUCAUUGUCUAUUUUGUGGCCCUGAUAUACAUGUUUCUUGGGGUGUCCAUCAUUGCUGACCGCUUCAUGGCAUCUAUUGAAGUCAUCACUUCUCAAGAGAGAGAGGUGACUAUCAAAAAGCCCAAUGGAGAGACCAGCACAACCACGAUUCGGGUCUGGAAUGAAACUGUCUCCAACCUGACCCUUAUGGCUCUAGGUUCCUCUGCUCCUGAGAUCCUCCUCUCUUUAAUUGAGGUGUGUGGUCAUGGGUUCAUUGCUGGUGAUCUGGGACCUUCUACCAUUGUAGGCAGUGCAGCCUUCAACAUGUUCAUCAUCAUUGGCAUCUGCGUCUAUGUGAUCCCCGAUGGAGAGACUCGCAAGAUCAAGCACCUACGAGUCUUCUUUGUCACUGCUGCUUGGAGCAUCUUUGCCUACAUCUGGCUCUAUAUGAUCCUGGCAGUCUUCUCUCCUGGUGUGGUCCAGGUUUGGGAAGGCCUCCUCACUCUCUUCUUUUUUCCAGUGUGUGUCCUUCUGGCCUGGGUGGCAGAUAAGCGACUGCUGUUCUAUAAAUACAUGCACAAAAAGUACCGCACAGAUAAACACCGAGGAAUUAUCAUAGAGACAGAGGGUGACCACCCCAAGGGCAUUGAGAUGGAUGGGAAAAUGAUGAAUUCCCACUUCCUAGAUGGGAACCUGGUGCCCCUGGAAGGGAAGGAAGUGGAUGAGUCCCGCAGGGAGAUGAUCCGGAUUCUAAAGGAUCUGAAGCAAAAACACCCAGAAAAGGACUUAGAUCAGCUGGUAGAGAUGGCCAAUUACUAUGCUCUUUCCCAUCAACAGAAGAGCCGUGCCUUCUACCGGAUCCAAGCCACCCGUAUGAUGACUGGUGCAGGCAACAUCCUGAAGAAACAUGCAGCAGAACAAGCCAAAAAGGCCUCCAGCAUGAGCGAGGUGCACACCGAUGAGCCUGAGGACUUUGUCUCCAAGGUCUUCUUUGAUCCGUGCUCUUACCAGUGCCUGGAGAACUGUGGGGCUGUACUCCUGACGGUGGUGAGGAAAGGAGGGGACACAUCCAAGACCAUGUAUGUGGACUACAAAACAGAGGAUGGUUCUGCCAAUGCUGGGGCUGACUAUGAGUUCACAGAGGGCACUGUGGUUCUCAAGCCAGGAGAGACCCAGAAGGAGUUCUCUGUGGGCAUCAUUGAUGAUGACAUUUUUGAGGAGGAUGAACACUUCUUUGUGAGAUUGAGCAAUGUCCGCGUAGAGGAGGAGCAGCCUGAGGAGGGGAUGCCUCCAGCAGUACUCAAUAGUCUUCCCUUGCCUCGGGCUGUCCUGGUGUCCCCUUGUGUGGCUACAGUCACUAUCUUGGAUGAUGACCAUGCAGGCAUCUUCACUUUUGAAUGUGACACUAUUCAUGUCAGUGAGAGUAUUGGUGUGAUGGAGGUCAAGGUUCUGCGGACGUCAGGUGCCCGGGGCACAGUCAUCGUCCCCUUUAGGACAAUAGAAGGGACAGCCAAGGGUGGUGGUGAGGAUUUUGAAGACACAUAUGGGGAGUUGGAGUUCAAGAAUGAUGAAACUGUGAAAACCGUAAGGGUUAAAAUAGUAGAUGAGGAGGAAUACGAAAGGCAAGAGAAUUUCUUCAUUGCCCUUGGUGAACCGAAAUGGAUGGAACGUGGAAUAUCAGAGAUGACAGACAGGAAGCUGACUGUGGAGGAAGAGGAGGCCAAGAGAAUAGCAGAAAUGGGAAAGCCAGUAUUGGGUGAACACCCCAAACUAGAGGUCAUCAUUGAAGAGUCCUAUGAGUUCAAGAGUACAGUGGACAAAUUGAUCAAGAAGACAAACCUGGCGUUGGUUGUGGGAACGCAUUCCUGGAGGGACCAGUUCAUGGAGGCCAUCACUGUCAGUGCAGCAGGGGAUGAGGAUGAGGAUGAGUCAGGCGAGGAGAGGCUGCCAUCCUGCUUUGACUACGUCAUGCACUUCCUGACGGUCUUCUGGAAGGUGCUGUUUGCCUGCGUGCCCCCCACAGAGUACUGCCAUGGCUGGGCCUGCUUCGUCGUCUCCAUUCUCAUCAUCGGCAUGCUCACAGCCAUAAUUGGGGACCUGGCCUCCCACUUUGGAUGCACCAUUGGCCUCAAGGACUCAGUCACAGCUGUUGUUUUCGUGGCAUUUGGCACCUCUGUGCCAGAUACGUUUGCCAGCAAAGCUGCGGCCAUCCAGGACGUGUACGCAGACGCCUCCAUUGGCAACGUCACGGGGAGCAACGCCGUCAAUGUCUUCCUGGGCAUUGGCCUGGCCUGGUCCGUGGCCGCCAUCUACUGGGCCCUGCAGGGACAGGAGUUCCACGUGUCAGCCGGCACGCUGGCCUUCUCAGUCACCCUCUUCACCAUCUUUGCGUUUGUCUGCAUCAGUGUGCUCCUGUACCGCCGGCGGCCCCACCUAGGCGGGGAGCUUGGUGGCCCUCGUGGCUGCAAGCUUGCCACGACUUGGCUCUUUGUGAGCCUGUGGCUCCUCUACAUACUCUUUGCCACGCUGGAGGCCUACUGCUACAUCAAGGGGUUCUGAGCCACAGGACGAGGCCUCCAGCAGAGCAGGCCUAGAACUUCUCCUAAGAGAAGGGCACCUCCCCACCAGUGACCUCUCCGAGAUGAGCAGCCCUGGAGAGGCAGCAUCAGGACCCGAGCCCCAGGAUCUUCACCCGACCUAGGCCCUGGCAGUGAACUGAAAGGGCAGAGUCUUAAUCAAUCCAUCAGAAUGGAGGAAACACCCACUUUACAAAGUAUUUAAUUCAAUACAAACCAACAACAGCAACAAACCCACCUCCACCCCAUCUUCCCACCCAUGUCCCUGACCCAUAGCAAAGGUCAGACCCGUUCACCAUCUGCUAUUCCACCUUCUUCUGAUUAUUCCUUUGCUUCUACUUUCUUUGGGGGCAGGGUUUCUCCUGUCUGUCCAAUUCAAUACAUCACCGUUCUCUCAGUUGGCGAAGCGUGAAAAUGAGUCAUAGCCAUGUGCCCGGUUUGGGGUUCUCUUUUCCUUGUAGUCAUUAUUGCGGUUGCUUUCAUUUCUCCAUCAGGUUUUGCUCAUUGUUUUUUUGUUUGUUUUGUCUUUUCUUUCUGAAGUUAGUGACAAAGGUGCUGGGAAGGAACUCAAGGUCUGAGCCGAUGGGUAGAGGCAUAAAUUUUCAGACACACACCUGCUGACUCUCAUUGAGUAACAGCUGUCUCUUGGCUCCAUUGAGGUCUUGUCCCUCAUUUCCGUUUUUUCUCUGAAUUCUUGAGAGGGCUGAUGGCAUUUGGGUGGAAGUAAGUUUGCACACCCACGCAGGGCACUAAAGAGCGAGGGGUUGUGGCUAGAGUGGGAGGAGCUUUAUAUGCUUAUGUCAAAAUCAAAUUUACACAAAAAGUCAUUGUUCUCUUCCCUGCCCAAGACUUUCAAGUUCUGUCUGUCUCAUGUGUCAGUGUCUAUAUGUUUAUCCUUCAGCAGGAAGACCCACCAAGCAGGAACUAUGGGACAAAAAUAAGAAUCGUAUGUGAUGACAAAAGACAGCUGGGGAAACAAAAGAGAGAUAUGCCUUCUUGAGUGUCUUUGGCUUUGUAUCUGAGGCAGGAGAGAAGAGAUGCCCACCUAGUGAGAUCUUUAAGGGGAAAGAUUAUAUUUAAAAUGUCAGUGCUUCUGAGAAAUGUCGGCUUCACCACCCCCUCACUUUCUAAGGCAUCAGACUAAGGGGUCUGACUCUAUUUCUUGAGGUAAUGCAAAAACUUAGAGGUUUAUAAGAAAACAAGGGGCUCCUUCCACCUCUCCUGAGCCCUCAGGUCACUUUGAAAGCUUUUUCACAAGAUAGGAACUGGAAUUCCUCAUCUCUUCCACAUUCCUGCUUGUUUUUAGAUCUUAUGAAGCUCUUUCUCCUGACUGUGGGCUAUUUCUUGCCCCAGGCAAGAGGAAUCUUCGUUGCCAUAAUCCCAUGGAGCCUAGGUUUAUAGAAAAAGAGAUUGCCAUGCCCUACACGCAUUUUCUCAACAACUUUUGAAAGGACCUGACUUUAAAACACACACACACAAAUAAACACAUACGAAAUCACCACGAAACUGCCCACAGAUCUUUAGGCUUUCUGCAUUGACAUAAAUACAUUUUUUAAGGGGGAAAAAAGAAAUUAAAAAACACCUGUUUAAUUUUAAACACGUUUUUUAAGAAAAAAAUUACUAAAAAAGAAACAGUGCUCAUGUCAUAAGCUGUGUUGACAGUUGCCAGUGGAAAUGUUGGGUUGGUUUAAAAAAAAAUAAAAGCUAUACUUAUAUCUCUCUAAAUAAAGCUUGUUUCUCCCCAUGUUUCUUCAAGAAAAGGUCCAGGGGGCCACCUGGGUUUCUUCUGGAGCAGAUGUGGUUGAGGUGAAGGUGUCGUCUCCUAUUUGUAUCUCCUAUUUACAUCUGUCAUCUCCUCAGAUGCCAAUGUGCCAGACCCAGUAUUUUUUAAAGCCAAAAUACUUCAGGAAAAUGCCACCUGUCAAAAUCUCCACUUUAAGACGCUGGAGGAUAUAAGCAGUCGAGCUGUGAUGAUUAAAGCAAAGGAGCUUUUUGUAUUAGAAAGGCACAGGA